AUGCCCAACAUGUACACGAAUAAUGACCUGCAGAAUUAUAAAAACAUUCUAUUGGCAACAAAUGCAUAUAGACGCGGGCAUAUUGCACAUAAUCAAGUAAUGGGCAACAAAGGGUCUAAAUAUAAAAAUAUAAUUGCGCCCUUAGUAACAGACGUAAAAGUUGGACAAGCGCUGCCUGUAGACGAUACUGAUGCAGCCAAUAAACGAUACGUGCAGCAGACCGUGAAAAUUUUAAAGGAUCGACAGGAUGAAAUCGAGAGGAAGAUUGAGACACUUCAAAGUAGAGUGGAAAUCACAGCUCAUAUGUUAAACGAGUUUCAAAGACAGCUCGACGCGGUGAUUCAUCGUGCAGAAUGGCUCGAUCUGCUGCCACGUCUCGUGUCAGAUUACAAUGUACGAAAGCAUCGAACUAUCGGCAUGCGACCCAUCGAUGUUACGCCUGCAAUCGCUAAAAAACUCUUAACCACUGUGUACAGUCACAUAAAAAUUGCAGCAUCCGCGCGAUUUAAAGUAGGUGACUCGGUGCGCGUCAGCAAAUUUAAAACUGUUUUUGAGAAGGGCUAUACACCAAAUUGGACUACGGAAAUAUUUAAAAUUAUCAAAGUACAGCGUACCAAUCCUGCGACAUAUGUACUGGAAGAUUCCUGUGGAAAGCUGUCGCUGGAGGAUUCUACGAAUAUGAGCUGCAGCGUGCUGCAAAUACUGACGUGCUGCAAAUAUGAAUGA